AUGCCCUCUGUGAUGUCGGCGGCUGCGCCCAUCGCGGUCCUUCUUGGUCCCUCGCGGUCCACGCCUGUGCAUCUCGCGAUCGAUCGCGGUGACUCACGUUUGUCGUCUGUGCCCCUCGCGGUCUUUUACGGUCCCUCCCGGUCCCUCACAGUCAGCGGCUGUGCCAUCCAGGUCCAUCACGUCCCGCACAGUCGGCGGCUGCGCCCCUCAGGGUCCCUUGCCUUCCCCUGCUGCACCUCUCGAGGUCCCUGUCCCUCGCGGUCCUUCGCAGUCCGCGCGAUCUGCCCCUGCACCCUUCGUGAUGCCUCGCGAUCCCUCCUGGUCGGCUGCUGCACCCCUAGAGGUCCCUCCCAAGCAGAGGAAUUAACAAAUGGUUCAUAUAAUCAUGUCUUAAAAGCUGAGCAACUUCAGAAACUUUUUUACCUGUUUGAGUCAACCGAGGAUCCUUUAAGUACUGUCCAAGCCUUGGUCACUGUGGGUAAGAAUGCAGCCUUUUCAGCUAACCAAGCCGCUAUUCGUGAAUUGGGUGUUAUUCAUGUCGGAAACAAAAUCAGCUAUCUAAAUCAAAGUAUUAAAGAAAAAGCUUUAAAUGCACCAAAUAACCUGAGUGUGAAUGUUGAAAAUCCAAUCAAGAUAAAGAUACACAUCCAUCAAACCUGUGACGAUGUCUUCUCUGAUCCUCUGAACUCUGCUGUGCAGCUGACUGGACUGAGGUUGUUAACAAACAGGCCUGUUACCAAUGACCACCGGCACAUGCUGGACAGCUCCAUCAAGGACCUCUUCCACCUGCUACUGACUGGAGAUGGAAGCACCAAGGUUCAGGUUUUGAAGCUGCAUUUGAAUUUGUGUGUAAACCCAGCCAUGACAGAAGGACUACUCAGUACCCAAGUGGAUUCUUCAUUCAUUUCCCUUUAUGAUGGGCAAAUAGCAAAGGAGAUUAUUCUUCGAGUGCUUACACUAUUUCAGAACAUAAAUAACUGCCUCAGGGGAAAUGUCUCGUAGUACUCACGUCAGUUUGCAUGCUUGUGUAUAAAGAUGUCUGUAAAAUACUGGAGAGCAAAGUGUCCAUCCGCAGGCAGCUGGUUAACUCAAUUAGCCACUCUUUUAGAAGGACUGAAGUGAAUCUGACUGUACCGAUAGAGAGAUCUACCCAUGGAAUAGUUGUUUUUAAAAGCACAUUGUAGAACAGUAUGUGCAGCAUUUUUAUGAUGAGAAACACAUUUAUACAUAGACAUUUCUAGAAUGAUACUCAAAACUUGUGGGUGUGGGACUGGGGCAUAGGCACGUGGCUGUUCUUUGUAACCUAUUUCUAUUUGAAUUUGUUUUUACUGAGCAUAGAUUGUAUAACUUUUCUUUUAAUAAAAGGGAAAAAAUUACA